AUGAAAGUCGGUCAACAACACGACGAGUAUGACGAUGAUGGGUCCCUCCCACUCCGGGCCACCGUCCAGAAUGCCACCGUCCUGCUGAGCGGGGCGCUUCUCGCGGCCCUCGCGGCGCUCGUGAUAUGGCAAGUGUCCCAGCUGCGCCUCCCAGGCCUGGUCUUACCCCGUCCGCUGGACACUGGCCUGCGCCGGGCGACCGCCAUUCUAUCCUGGUGCAGCCGGCAAUGGUUUAUCGGCUCACUAGUCACCUCGCUGGUCAUGCAGAUGAUCAUCCUGCCGUGGUUUGAGCAGUGGAUGGCGGGCAAUAACAACCAGCAUGCCCCUGGGUCUCGCGCCCCGGCGUUGACAUGGAAUAAUAACAACGAGGGACCGGCUAAAUGGACUGUUGCGGUGGAUGAUCCCGAGGCCCUGUUUUUGACUCUGGCGGCGAUACUGGGACCCGAUGGAGUGACGAUGAGUAAACUCGAGUCGGCCAUGGCUGAGCAUACGAAAACAACCACGACAACAACAACAACGGGGUGA